GCCUGGGGUGGCGGUGGGUGUAGGCAACGACUUCCUGUUAAGCGUCCUUGUCACAUCACCUACGAAUCACAAUAACUGCGCAGGAGGCAUCGCCACGGCGGACCCCAAACUCAUUUUCCAUUACAACUUUGUACAACCCCUUUCGAUUCCGCGUCAUAAAUUGCGUCACUGUUCCUCCCUUUUUCCAUUCUUCUAUGACCCAUCCCUUUCCCCCCCUCUUUCUCUCUCAUACACACCCACCCACACUCAGUAGCAUCUGAAUCAAGCCGACUCGGGCAAUUGCUCCGUUCCGGUCAUGGAUAAUGGACCCCCAACUCGUGGAUUGGAAGAUGGGACAAUUGAUGUUGAGCGUCUGCUUGUAGAACCCCAUGAUGGGCAUGCGCCAAUGGAUAGUGUCAUAUGUUGUAGGAAGACUCCAGAGAAUGCUAUGGACAUAAAAGAUUUUUCCUGCAGUUUUGGUGGGCCAGAUACUGCUAUUGCUCAGGAAGGGGAAGAUAUUCUCAAUGGAGAAGUACUUGAUUCGAUGCCUAAUGAAGUCGAAUUUGGAUAUUUUCGAUCACAUAAUGAUUUCUGUAGCAUGGGAGAUGAUUACCUUCUAGGUGUUGAAUUUGCUGAAAGCAUUACAGAUUUGGAUUAUGGUUGUAGUGAAGGCUUGGCGGCUUCAGUUUCAGACAGUCAAAUGCAAAGUGCUGGUUCUGACACUCGUUGGAAAUCAUCGCUCUUUCAAAUAAAGCAAGUGCUUGACUGCCAAAAAGAUCAACUGGAUAUGGGGAGCUCGGAGAGUGACAUUCCUAGUUGCAAUAAGAGUGAAAUGUUGGUUGAGGAGAAUCCUUCAAUUUCUCCUGGGUCCUGUACUGUACAGAAUAUUGGCAAGACUCACAAUAGUCCAAGCUGUUCUUCUCAAGAUAUCUUAUCUGAUGGGAAUGAUGGAGAACAUUCCCCAUCGGAUGAAAUGUUCUGCAGUCCAAUGACUCAGAAAAAUGAUGAAACUGAGGUCACAGGCCAAGAUGGUGAGACCAACAUAUUUCCGCGGCAGGAGGCUUUAACGACGUCUGUUCAAGCAAACUGCACUGAUCUUCCCAUGCAAAAGAGAUCACGUAAGCCCACACAGAGGUAUGCUGAUGAAUUGACGUCAGUUCAAGCAAACUGUACUGGUCGUCCAACACAAAAGAGAUCACGUAAGCCCACACAGAGGUAUGUUGAUGAAUUAGCAGAUCCUAUUCCUGCAUAUUCUAGAAAAAGACGAGAGGUUUCUACUUCCACCCUCAAAGAUAAGUCUCUUGGAGUUAAAGAUCAUAAGAAGUGCCAUGUGGCUUCUAGAGCAACACAAUUACCUGCUGAGGAGUCUUCUGUCAUAGCUAUUCAAGUGCCCUUUGGCUCUUUGGUUCAUAAAGAAUGUCCAAAGGGGCGUACAUGUGAUCUGGUCCAGCAUGUGGAUACUAGAAAUUUGAUGACCAAGUCAAAAGGUAAAUGUGUUACUCCAAACAAGAAAAAGAAAAGGGAUGAAUGUAUCAGCGCAGUUCAUCCGAAGAAAAGGGAUGAUUGUGCUGCAAGUAAGACAAAAAGGGAUGACCAGUUUACUGUAGCUCAUUCAAAAAAGAGUAGUGACCGGAUAUCACUAGCAAGUCAGAAGAAAAAGGAUGAUUGCAUAAUUGCCAUGACUCCGAAGAAAAGGGGUGACUGUCUCACAGGAGCACAUCAAAAGAAAAGAGAUGACUGUACAAUUCCUGAGAGGCCUGAAGAAGUUAGUGGUCGGAGAAAGCAUCAUAGACUUUGGACUAUCACAGAGGUUAGGAAAUUGAUUGAUGGCGUCUCUCAGUAUGGAGUUGGAAGAUGGAGUCGCAUAAAGAAACUUUUCUUUUCCACAUCUGCGCAUCGUACGUCUGUAGAUCUCAAGGACAAGUGGCGAAAUCUUUUGAAAGCGAGUGGUAUUCUGGACCAAGGGCGCCAGGGAGAGAAGAAACGCAAUAUGGCCUGGCGUCCUCUGCCAAAGUCCAUCCUGCUCCGUGUUUGUGAACUGGCCACCAUUUACCCUUAUCCCAAAGGUCAGAGACCAAAGAUUCCGCUUAUUCAUCAUGAUUCUCCUGACAGAAGCACAGAUAUAACAUUGAGUGACUAUAGAAGAAUCCUACGAAGUAUUAAUGGCAGUUGAUUCUUUCCUCAUGAGUGACUAGGCAAUUGUAUAUGUUUUUCGACAUCCUGCAUCCAUUCGAUGCUGCCUGUCUAUUCCAAACAGCAUGUGGGAAUGAAGGCUUUAAAACAUUUGACUUAUAUCUAAACAGAUUGUAGCUGAACAUCUAGUAUUUCGAGUGGUGGAUUUUAGCAGCCCUAGCGUAGCAUGGUAACAUUGCAGUACCAUUUUUUAGCUAACAACAAUCAGGAGGUAAUAUGAUCAUUGGUUGUUUAAUCGCAUUUCUUAUGGUCUGGGCAUCAUAAUGCAACUUGAAGGCAUUGUUUUUGUC